UCUGCCAACGGCCAAACUCGCACCAAAAUCUGCGUCUACUGCGGCGCCAGCGCAGGAGCCAGUCCUGCACACAUCGAAGCCGCACGCACUCUCGGCAGAGCUAUGGCUGCCAGCAACAUUGACUUAGUGUAUGGAGGCGGAACUGUAGGGCUGAUGGGCGAGGUCGCAAAGACCAUUGUUUCCAUCAACGGCCCGGACUCUGUUCACGGAAUCAUCCCCGAGGCUUUGGUCAAGUAUGAACGUGACGGCACAUACCAGACCGUCAACCGCAACAACCAAUUCGUCCCGGAAGAGUCCGUGUACGGGCGGACGACUGUCGUCAAUGACAUGCACACACGCAAGAAGCUCAUGGCGGAGGAGGUAUUCAAUGGAGGCCCCGGAAGCGGCUUCAUUGGCUUGAGCGGUGGUUACGGGACUAUGGAGGAGAUUUUCGAGACGACCACCUGGAAUCAGCUGGGCAUCCACAGCCGAGGUAUCGUGCUCCUCAACAUUGCCGGCUACUGGGAUGGCAUCAUCCAGUGGAUGGACAAGGCCGCCGAGGAAGGGUUCGUCAAGCCCGCUAACAAAGACAUUCUGGUCACCGCCGACACUCCCGAGGGCGCCAUCAAGGCACUCCGCGACUACAAAGUGUCGGAUGCCAUCUACAAGCUGAAGUGGGGCAGUCAGUAG